AUGUCCACCGUGAUCCCAACGACUGUGAUCCCAACGACUGAAACUGCACGUAUAUACAGGGAGGGGGCUGACUUCAUCCCUCCUCACCCAGGCAGCGAUUGGACUCGCUUCGUCUGCAUCUCAGAUACCCACUCUCGCACCUUUCACAUACCCGCCGGUGAUGUUCUACUGCAUGCUGGUGACCUGAGUAGCUGGGGUAGCCUUUCGCAAUUGAUCAUCACAGUCGAAUGGUUGAAAUCAUUGGAUCACCCUGUGAAAAUCAUGGUCGCAGGCAAUCAUGACCUUUGUCUUGACAAAAACUGGGCUCAGCCAAUAUAUGGCCUCCUACCAGAAGAGGUCCAACAAGCACGGACCUAUGUACGGAGUCAAGCAGCAGCAGGUCUGUACUACAUUGAACAUGAACCCUUUCGAUUCAUGUUACCUUCGGGGCGCGAAUGGAAAGUCUAUGGAUCACCGGCUGCUCCAUUAUACGCUCGAGGAUCAUUUCAGUACGAGACUACAGACGAGGCACGAGUGAUUUAUAACCGUAUACCCAAAGAUACGGAAAUCCUGAUCACACAUACACCUCCUUUUAUGACUUUGGACACAACAAGUAAGGGCAAGCACGCUGGAUGCCAUGUCCUGUCGAACAAAUUAGCGGAACUGCGGAACUGCCGACUGCAUGUCUUUGGCCACAUCCAUGAAUGUGCUGGAGCGCAAAUCAACACUGAUGACCCAUUCAGAUUGGUCGACAGCGUGUCCGUGAAUGCAGCCAUGGCCGUUACGAAAAAGGCGAUUGUUGUAGACCUACUGAACUGGUGA